UCGAGACGCGUUGAACCAAACGCUUCUCGUCACAUUAUUUAUUACCAUAAUUAAAAUCACUUAUAUCCUCCCAUAAAUUUAUCAACAUGUAACAAUUAAUACACCCGUUAAAUUAUUUAUUUUUUACUCCGAAUUCAUUUUUUAAAAAAUAAUUCAGUGCCAAAAUGUGGGUUCAAAAAUUUAUUUAUUUCUGCCCAUGGAUUUUAUUUGGAAUUUUUAAUUUAUCAUACUCUUUACAAGAAAUUUCUUGUUGUUCAGUUGCAGAGGGUCUGUGUCGUAACGCAUGUUCUGAGAUUUCAUUGGUCGCCAUAGGAGCCGAUUCCGAAGCGCGUGAAAAUGUCAGCUCGAGAUUGACCGAAGUCUGUUCCCAUGAAAUGACGGAAUUCUGGGCAUGCGUAAAUUCAACUUUGACUGAGGCUGAUAAUAAUGGAGACUGGGUCGGCAGAAGCUGCUGCCACUUAGCGCAGUAUCCCCUGUGUCAGUCAUCUUGUGCAUUAGCAGGCUCACGGAUGCAUUUAGAAAAUUCCUGCCGUCCGAGUGAUGAAUUGGAAUUCUAUUCAUGCUUAGAAAGACGGGAAGAGGGUGAAAGUUGCUGCAGCAAUGUUUCCAACACGACGUGCCGCUCUGUUUGUCGUGAUUUAUUUCAUAAACCGGGCAAGCAAUUCAGUCUAAAAUUGUACAGUAGCAAGGGUUGCUUUCAUCAAGUGCCAAAGUGCUUGAAAGCAGUCGCCGAGGCAGCGAAUCCUGAAAAUCCAAAGCAGUACUUGAACUGCUGUAAGGAAGCAACGACGCCUGGUUGUCUGGAUGCUUGUAGGAAGGUUUUGUUCAGUGCAUCAUCAAUUCGCGAUAUUCUGGAUACGUUGGAAGAGAAAUGCGGACAAGUUAAGCCACAUAUGCCUCUGUGGAGCUGCAUUCUGCAGACAACUCCAAUAAAACCAUCGCGGGUACCGCUGGAUAUUGGGAAGCUGACGUGUUGUUCGCGAGCUGCAAGUACUAAUUGUCAGAGUCUAUGCUGGAAAGCGUUCCAAGCUGAUUGGGAAGUCGCUUGGUCGCAAAUGGAGACUGAGUGCUUGUCUUCUGCGAAUGAAGCAGACUUGCGUCGGUGUAUUGAAGACUCGGAAGAACCGUGCGAAAUAGGCUGCACUGGGUUGUCUUACUGCACGAAGUUCAACAACCGGCCGGUUAACUUGUUUAGGUCGUGUUCGAAGUCAGCUGAUGACGCAGCACGCUGGGAAGCUGACCAUUGGGCCCGUGGGGGAGUGAUCCGGGGUCUGGGUGUUCCGGUUCGUGCGGAUCCUUCGUGUCCUUUGGAGUCAUUGCGUGCCGCGGCGUGUGUUCUCCAGUUAAGGCCUUGCGAGAAUCGUGUUCAUGAGACCCAGCUGUGUCGGGAAGACUGCCUAGAACUGAUGGCCAAUUGCGUUGAUUGGACGGCAAUAGGGCGAACUCAUACGGCGGCGAGUCUCUGUGCCAAGUUGUCUCCACCGAGACCCGGGAUGCCUUGCGUUUCUUUGAGGCCGUUUAUGGAAGAGGCUCAGGAUGAAGAAACUUUCGGUGGGAUUCUACCCGCGGCAGACGUUUCGACUCCUUGUAAACGGAAUCCUUGCCCUGAUGAUCAAGUCUGCGUUGUCACGCCCAAUGAUAGCAAACUGUACAAGUGCGUCGCCUCGUGUACUUUGGGGGAAAUGUCGCGAUUGCUAGUUCCUUUGAAUACUUGGGUCCAGAUACCACGAAUUGACCAGCAAGGAUGCCAUCGCGUCUGUCAGUGCACUUCUAAUGGGCUAGAAAAGUGUAAAACACUCAACUGUUACAACCCUAAUUCCUGCUGGGUUCAAGAUCGCUUCGUAGCUCAUAGGACCAACUUUUUCCUGGACUGCAAUCCGUGCCACUGCUUCGAAGGUGAAGUUACUUGCUCAAGGAAAACGUGUACUGAGUUGCGCGUUCCUUCACUGCCAUGUGACUGUCCUGCGCACUAUGUCCCAGUUUGCAGCCGGCUUGGAGUCACUUAUGCGAGCGCGUGCUUAGCCAAGUGCACGGGACUAUCUUCCACGGAAAUUCAAUUCGGAAGUUGCUCGUCCAUUGAUCCAUGCCAACCGAAUCCAUGCAAGACCAAUGAAAGAUGUCUGCGCAAACCACGUGUCUGUUUAUCGCCAAUCCACAAACCUUGCAGACAAUACGAAUGCAUUUCCAUGGAUUGCGAUCUUCGGAGUGCUGACGGGGAUCCAGUCUGCGAUCGGGACAACCGUCAGCACAAUUCCUCAUGUGCUUUAGUAAAAUCCGGGGCUAUUCUGGCGUACCACGGGCCUUGUUUGCGGGGAUGCAGUCUUCGGGGGCCGAUUUGUGCCGUGAAUGGUGAAGUUUACAGCAGCGAGUGUGCUGCCUGGGCUGAUAGGACUAUUGUCGACUACGUGGGAACUUGCGUUGCCGUGGGUGUGAUCGGCGAUCGAAACAUUCCUAGAUGUGGUGACAAUGUCAAGUGUCCUAGACUAAAUCCUGCGAAUUGCAUUGGCGUUACUCCUCCAGGAAGUUGCUGUCCAGUUUGUGGCGGCGCUGCCCGGAUAUUUUACUCCAAAAAACAGUUGGAUCGGAUUUACUACAUGAUGGAAGAAGAAGCCGACAAAGAUGCCGUCACACUCGACAAACUUCUUCUGGCCCUAGGAAGACAAAUUCAAGUAGCCCAGUGCUCAUUGCGCGGGCACGUUACCCCAGAGAAUGACAUAUUCGUCAUUGUUCAGUCAACGGUAAAAGAGCCGUCGGCUUUGCAAUUGAGAGCUUGCAUCGCGGAAACCGAGAAACUCAUCGUCCGAAUCAGUGAACGCAGUUCCAAAGUCGUCGCUGAAGUGCCCCUGGGAUCCUUAACCCGAGCAGAAAUCGCUCAUGGACACGUUUCUACGGCUACUUCACCAGUUUCCUCACUCGCGAUGACGAUUCUGUUCUACGUUAUCAUCAAAUUUUUUGCGUAAAAUACAACGCAAUAAUUUUUUAACCAUUGGCGCCCUCUGUGGCUGCCAAGUGUUCAAGUCUGUGAUCCUUCUAGUGCCUAUACUUAAUUUUAUUUAGAUUGUUCACUUUUUUUUUAAUUUUAUAUGUAAUUAGUAUUUUUUAAAAAUCUUGUACUGCCAAAGAAAUAUUAUUUACGCGUAUUGGUUUGUUUGUUUUAUUUAAAAAUAAGAUUAUUUGCGUAUAAUUUUUUUAAUUAUUUGACUUAUUGAUAUGAAUUUAUUGUUACUGUGUGUUCUAGUUAUUAAUUAUUGUGUAAUUAAAAAUUUUUAUUAUUAUAAUUAUACUUUAAGGGGAAAGGGUCUGAUAAAAAAAAAAAGAGGAUAUGUGAUUUUUUUUUAGAGAAGCUUCUUUUUUAAAAUUCUCAAAAUUUGUGACACUAUUAAGCGACAUUCCAAGAAUAUCCUGCUAAAUUUUCAGAAAAAAAUAUUUAAAAAUAAGCCAGUAGUAGUGGGGAGAGACGAGUCACUUGAAAAAAGUCUCCAUGCCGUAGGCAGGAUAACUCAUGACUGCCUCAUCUGAAAUAAAAAAACCAAAAAGAUUUCUUUAGUACACAAGUUUAUCUUAGAUUUGAACGAAGGAUUUUUUUUUUCAAUAACUACUUACUUUUUAAUAAAACAAAAGGAGCAAUUUUUGGGAAAAAUCAUAGUUUUUUUAUUGCACCUUUACCAAAAAUUCAAAAAUGAAUAUUUUGUUUAUUCCUUGAUUCAAAUCCAAGAUAAACUUGUGUUCUAAAGAAAUCUUUUUGGUUUUUUUAUUUCAGAUGAAGCAGUCAUGAGUUAUCCUGCCUACGGCAUGGAGACUUUUUUUUGACUCGUCUCUCCCCACUACCACCGGCUUAUUUUUCAAUAUUUUUCUCCAAAAACUUAGCAGGAUAUUCUUGGAAUGUCGCUUAAUAAUGUCACAAAUUUUGAGAAUUUUAAUAAACAAGCUCCUCUGAAAAAAAAUAUCACAUAUCCUAUUUUUUUUUGUAUCUCAGACCCUUUUCUCCCUGAAUAAGAAUAUUGAAAUAUGUAUUUGUAAAUUUUGUU